AUGGCCACAGUUGUACCCUCCAGUUGCUCCCCAGGGGACACGGAGCAGGGUGGAGGGGUGCAGCCGGGACCAGGGCAGCCUGGUGCUGGGGACCCCGACACCCUCGACCGCUUCUACAAUGCAGACGUGGCCGUGGUGGAGCUGAGCGACUCUGUCUGCCAGCCCUCCCUCUUCUACCACCUGGGUGUCCGCGAGAGCUUCAACAUGUCCCACAACGUCCUGCUGUGCUGCCAGGCUGACCUGCCCCCCCUCCAGGCCCUGCAGGAGGAAAUCUGCCAGAAGAACUCGGACCUCUGCAGCAGCUACACCUUCAUCCCCUAUGUGGUGACCCCUCAGAACAAGGUCGUCUGCUGCGACGCCGGGGCCAUGAAGUGCCUGACGGUGCUUUUCCAACCCAGUUUCGAGGCAGAGACCUUCUUCACCCCGCUGGCAGCCCGGCUCGUCCAGCUGCUGGAGGGGAUCCCCACCGACUCCUGUGGGUAUUUUCGGGAGAUGAUCCGUCGGGAUAUCCGGAGGGCACGGGAGAUGUACCGAGGGGAGCAGCUGAGCCGGGAGCUGGCCCGCAUCCAGCAGCGCUUGGACAGCGUGGAGCUGCUCAGCUUGGACAUCGUGGUGAACCUCCUCCUCUCCUACCGCGAUGUGCAGUGCGCCGUGGCCGAGCAGCACAACGUCCGCUUCCACUACGCCUUCGCCCUCAGCCGGCGUAACCGUGCCGGGGACCGGGAGAAGGCCCUGUCGGUGCUGCUGCCAGUGGGCAGCCCGGGGGAGCUGUGCUACUACUGGGAUGUGGGAUUUUGCCUCGGAGCCGGCAUCUUGGCCAACGACCUCAGCAAAGUCAUCCAAGCCUCUGAGAAGCUCUACAAGCUUAACGCGCCGGGCUGGUACCUGGUCUCAGUCAUGGAGACCUUCCUGCUCUACAAACACUUCCAGAAGAGCCCGCAGGUCCCCUCCGCCCGGCAGGAGCUGGCUGAUUUUUGGCUGGGCUUCCUCCUCGAGGCGUGUCAGCCCUUUGUCGCUGCAGCGCACUGCCCGGUGAGGGGCCCCACAGAGCCUGGGGUGGCGGUCCCUGGGGAUCACCCGGCGGGCCUGGGCUCCCGCGGGGGGGGGGGGUCACCCCCACGCACGCUCGCCCUCAUCUGCCCCACGGAGGAGAAAAUGUCAUCGAGCUGGACCUUUGCGGCCACAGCCAUCCGGGGCGUCAGCAUCUGCAAGUGCGACGAACGGGGCUGUUUCCUCUACGUGCUGCAUGCGGUGGAGGAUUUCCAGCUCUACUUCCCCUCCCAGCAGCACUGCCGGUGGUUCUGCGACCGGAUCCAGUCCCUCCUGGCCAAGCAGGCGGCGGGUGGUGAGGAGGUGCCCAGCCCUACACAGCCCAUCCUGGAGUACAGCUACGAGUACUCGGAGGCGGGCGAGCGGGUGGUCCUGGGCCGGGGGACAUACGGGGUUGUCUACGCCGGACGCUGCCUCAGCAACCAAGUGCGCAUUGCUAUCAAGGAGAUCCCGGAGCGGGACAGCCGGUACUCCCAGCCCUUGCACGAGGAGAUCGCCUUGCACAAGCACCUGCGGCACAGGAACAUCGUGCAAUACCUGGGCUCCGUCAGCCAGGACGGCUUCAUCAAGAUCUUCAUGGAGGAGGUGCCGGGAGGGAGCCUCUCGUCCCUGCUGCGCUCCAAGUGGGGACCCUUGAAGGACAACGAACCCACCAUCGUCUUCUACACCCGCCAGAUCCUCGACGGGCUCAGCUACCUCCAUGAUAACCACAUCGUGCACCGUGACAUCAAGGGAGACAACAUCCUCAUCAACACAUACAGCGGGGUGCUGAAAAUCUCCGACUUUGGUACCUCCAAGCGGCUGGCGGGCAUCAGCCCCAGCGCCGAGACCUUUGCGGGUACCCUGCAGUACAUGGCCCCAGAAAUCAUUGACCAGGGGCCGUGGGGCUAUGGGAAGCCAGCAGAUAUCUGGUCCUUGGGCUGCACCAUCAUCGAGAUGGCAACAGGCAAGCCCCCCUUCUACGAGCUGGGCAGCCCCCAGGCUGCGAUGUUCAAGGUACCCAUGGGGUUGGACAGGGGCUGGGGGGGGCCCCACAGCCCUGAAAUUGCCCCUGCCCCCCUUGGGGUGGCUGCUGCCUUUGCAAUGCGCUGCUUCCAGGCCGAUCCGGCCGAGCGUGCGACGGCCACCGCGCUGCUGCAGGAGCCCUUCCUCGCCAGUGCCAGGAGGGCCCGGAGCCGGCCCGUGCCCCCAGUGGGGGGUGAUCCCCUCAGCUCCGAGCAGAGGGAUGGAGUUGUGGAGGGCAGCGAUGGGACCAGGGGAUGUUUCUCAGCCAGGCAGGACACCCCGGUGAGGGGCACAGCGGGCAGCGCCCCGCUCCUGUGCCACCCUGGCGAGGCAACCCCCAGCCACAGCUACUUGGGCACAGCCCAGGACUCGGCCAGCUCUGACCACAGCCUGCGCUCGUCCUCCCCUGAGGGGAGCGGGGACGCGUUCCUCCUGCGGAAGGACAGCAAGCGCCGCGCCACGCUGCACCACGUCCUCACCGCCGAGGCGCCGGGCAUCAUCGCCACCCUGGAGGAAAGCCAGGUGGGUGCUGGGCGCCUGGGGUGGGGGGAGCAUCCUUUGCCCCCCUCCAGAGCCCGGCGCUACAUCCAGUGCCCCAGCCAGCACCAGCUCCACCAGGACCUCCUGGCACUGCACGCCCGGCUGCAGGCAGAGGGGCUGGGCCUCCCCCACCUCCAGGCUCCCCUCUUCAGCUUCCAGGCAGCAGUGAGUGCCUGGGGGGGGUGGUAG